AUGGCUUGGAUUGCCAGGAGCCUGAGUCUACACAGGCCAGGGACAUCAGAGAAAUUUAAAUGCUAUAGUGGUGCUAAAGGAGCACAGCCGUACUCAAAGAUCGGUGCCUUGCUCAGCCAUCAUAGAAUACUUCAUCCUGCAGCAGAUAGGAACAAAUAUAGAGACCCACAUCCAGUUGAUACUCAGACACUGUUUUCCUUGCAUAAGCUGUUUGAGGGUCAAACACCUCUAUUUGCCAUCACAGACACAGAGAUGAUCCAGAAUGUGCUAGUGAAAGAAUCCUAUUCUGCCUUCACAAAUCGGCAGACUGUGGGUCCUGGGGGAUUAUGAAAAAAAGCUGUCUUCUUCUCUGAGGAUGACGAGUGGAAGAGAAUCUGAGCCUUGCUGUCUGCCACCUUCACCAGUGGAAAACUCAAAGAGAUGUUCCCCAUCAUUGAACAGUAUGGAGAUAUUUUGGUAAAAUACUUGAGAGGAGAGGCAGAGAAAGGCAAGCCUGUCCCUAUGAAGGAAGUGUUUGGGGCCUACGGCAUGGAUGUGGUCACCAGCACAUCAUUUGUAGUGAACGUUGAUUCCUUCAACAACCCAAAUGAUCCUUUUGUGGAGAAAGCCAAGAAUCUCUUAAGAUUUGAUUUUUUUGAUCUAUUGUUCUUGUUAGUAGUACUCUUUCCAUUCCUCAACCCAAUAUAUGAGAUGCUAAAUAUCUCCAGGUUCUCAAAGGAUUCAUUAGCAUUUUUCAAAAAAUUUGUGGACAAAAUGAAGGAAAAUCGCCUGGAUUCAAACAAGAAGCACAGAGUGGAUUUUCUCCAGUUGAUGAUGAAUGCUCACAAGAAUGCCAAAGACACAGAGUCUCACAAAGCACUGACUGACAUGGAGAUCUUAGCACAGUCAAUUAUCUUUAUUUCUGCUGGCUAUGACACCCCCAGCACCACACUUUCCUUUGUCCUGCAUUUACUGUCCACUCACCCUGAUGUCUAGAAGAAACUGCAAGUGGAGAUGGACACAGCUCUGCCCAAUAAGGUACCUCCCAGCUAUGAGAUCAUGAUGGACAUGGAGUACCUGGACAUGGUGUUGAAAGAAACCCUCAGAUUAUACCCAGUUGUUAAUAGAAUUCAGAGGGUCUGUAAAAAAGAUGUUGAAAUCGAUGGUAUGUUUAUUCCUAAAAGGUCAUCUUAUGCUCUUCACCAUGAUCCACAGCACUGUCCAGAGCCUCAGGAAUUCCACCCUGAAAGGUACCAGAAUUCCAGGAACAAGGGCAACAUUGAUCCUUAUCUAUACCUGCCCUUUGGAUAUGGACCCAGAAACUGCAUUGGCAUGACGUUUGUGCUCAUGAUUAUGAAACUUCCUAUCACUAAAGUUCUGCAGAACUUUUCCUUUGAGCCUUGUAAGGAAACACAGAUACCUUUGAAAUUAAGCAGAGGACUACUUGUUCAACCAGAAAAAAACAUUUUUCUGAAGGCUGUGUCAAGGGAUGUAAUCAGAAAUGGAGUGUGA